AUGUGGGCAGCAUCUUGCCUGGCUUCAUGCUGUGCAGCUAGUGCAUGUGAAGCUUGUCGAACAGUUAUAUCCAGCAUCAGUGGACGUUUUGCUCGAAUUGCUUAUUGUGGUCUUUUUGCUUUCUCUCUUACCAUUUCAUGGAUCCUCAGAGAAGUUGCUGUUCCUCUCGUGGAGAAAAUCCCAUACUCCAGAUACGAGUGGUUUGAAACUGAUGAUGUGUUGCGUUUGGUGCCUGCUGGUGAUUUUUAUGUUUUCCUUCCAAAUGGGAUCGUCGCCUUUUAUGGUAUAUAUGUGAAUAAGAAUCUUGGAUUGGACAAUACACAAGUCUAUGGUUCUGAUUAUGACUAUACAUUGGCUCAUUACUUGGCUAACUUACAGAGUUUGAUAUAUGAUCUUGCAAAAGACCACAUUGUAAAUGAGUUUAAGUAUCGAGAGAUUUGUUCAACUUUUGAAUACGAUCCGUCUUUUUCAAUUAGAGGACUGUAUUAUGAUAAGCUAAAGGGGUGCCUCUUGAAGUUGGAUUUUUUUGGGCUUAUUGAGCCUGACGCAUGCUUCUUUGGUCGUCGAAAGCUUAGCCGAAAGGAAAUAGAAGAGAUGUAUGGGCCACGGCAUAUUGGUCAAGCUUGUGGACUUGUUCAAUUGAUGGAUUUCUUUUGCUUUAGUGAGCACUUUGUAGAUGCUACAUUGCAGUUUGAUGCUUCCUACAUAUAUGAAGAUGUCAACCGUGCAAUCCAGCAUGUUCACCCAAGUGGUUUGGUCCACAGGGGAAUUCUUUCAGAUCCUCAGAGAUACGUAGUAAAAAAUAUGCUACACUUUUUAAAGAUGCUCAAGGAGAAGGGAAAGAAACUGUUCUUGAUGACUAAUUCUCCAUAUUAUUUUGUUGAUGGGGGGAUGCGUUCUAUGUUGGAGGUUCCAUCGAAUUUGUUCAAGGACCUAAGAGUAUAGAAUCCUCGCAUUCUUUUGACAUAGUGAAAUUAACACUGAUCAGCCGGGAGAAAGUAUAAUAAUGUGGCCUGGAAUUUUCUCCUGCAUUGACUCAAAUUUGCUUUGGACAAAAAUCUUCCUCAUUACUGGUAAACCAUGGCCUACUUUUAACAUCGCCAAACUAAAUCAUUGGAAUACACAAGGUGAGUCUAUCCUUUAUUGAUCGGUACAACAAGUGUUUAUUAUAGAGAUUGAAAUAAGAGAGUACAUAGGAUUUAGGGGGAUCCAAAAGGAUGCAACACCGAGGAAAAGAACAUGAGAAAAGAAAAGAUACAGCUUACAACACCACAAACUUGAGGAAAGCCUCAGAUUUCCAAAAAUUAAGAGGAAGAACUAGUACCACUUCAUGAAUGACUACUACCACUUCUUGAAUGUUCUCUCUUGAUAGCUACAAAUUUGGCUUCUAAAACAUAGUACUCCGGCAGCUUUGGAUGGAUAUGACUGCAAGGAGAGGAAGAACUAGUACUACUUCUUGAAUGUUGUCUCUUAAUAGCUACGAAUCUGGCUUCUAAAUCAUCAUACUCUGGCAGUUUUGGAUGGACAUGGCUGCAAGGAGAGGAAGAACUGGUGUUUGAAGUGCUAUGCCGCUGAUGAGACUGAAGUGAGACUGACCUUGUAAACUGAUCCGUUGGUGUUUCUUUCUGCUUUUGAGGUGGUGGCAGUGUCGUGGACCUCUGCAAAUUUUUGUUCUUCGAUGGAUUUGUUUCCCCGGUGCAUGAUUCAGGAGAUGAAGCGUGGUUUUCUUGAAAGUCGUCUUCCAUUUCCAAAAAGCGAAGUUCCUCUGGAGAUAUCUCUCGAGUGUUGUUCAAUAAAUAACUUUUUCCACAGUGCCGUGAAUCAUCAUAGUAGAAGGCAUAUCCAUUUUCUUUAGCUAUUUCUUUCAUCAAUCUGAAUUUGACAUCGUCGGAUAUUGACUUGGCUGAGAGCUUUUUGAUUAACGGAGGGCUCACGAGAUUUCCUGGAAGCAAUUCCACUGCAGCAAUUUCAAACUUAUUCCCAUAUACGUCGCCAAACAGCUUACGUAGCUUAAGCAGCUCAGGCAGAUCACCACCACAUCUUGCAGAAGCAUAUAUCAAACUUGAUGCUGCUUCAUUAAUGUCAUUGCGGAAGUCCUUGCUUUGCCAAAUGUAUGUUAAGUUGAUCAUAAUGAAUUCACAGAAAUUGUCAAGUAGUUCAUAAACAUCCACUCUACCCUUGUCCUCGUAAAGCUUCUCAGCUCGCCCGAACGCUCUUUGGUUUUGACCAUUCUCUAGAAGCCGAAGAAUGUCUUCACGCGACUGUCUUAUAAUUAAUUUGUGCUUGUUCUUCAAUAACUUUAAUCGACAUUGAAGUCGUUUUAUCGCUGUCUUGCAUUUAGAAGCUUUGCUCCAUCCAAAGAAAAUUGAGAAUAA